UCCCCCGCCCUCACUUUUCUCAGCCUGCUGCCAAACUAUGUGAAAGUCAAUCCCAGCAGCCCGCGUGUUAUUUUAGACUGGACACCAUGAUGGUACCGAGCUGCUCCGGUGAACCCAGCGAGGAUCCACCCGUCAAUACGCUGCUGUAGUCCCCUUAACGGCCUCUGUUUUCCACCCUGCCCGUCGAUCCGCCUCAGAUGUCGCUCCCGGUGGUGCUACCGGGGUCUUGCUGUCCGGUUACCGGGGCUUCGCAGCUCGCAGAGCCGUCGUACAGAAACAGACCCCGUGGCUUGUCUGCUUCCUCCCGGUUCGCCGGUGGCGGCUCUCGGCUACUCCUGCCCGGGCGGCCGCUGCUCUCGCUGGGCUUGUUGCAGCUGCUGCUCGGCGGCUCCAUGGUGGCGCUGUCCUUCGGAGCUCUGUCCCUCAGCAGCUCACCUGCCAUCCGGAACUCGUGUCCCUUCUGGGCGGGCUCCUCGGUCAUCCUGUCAGGCAUUGUCGGCCUCACGACAUGGAGAAGACCCAUGCUGCUGCUGGUCAAUGUGUUUGUCCUGCUGUCUGUGGUGUGUGUGCUCCUUAAUCUGGCUGGAUUCAUCCUGUGCUGCCAGGGAGCCCAGCUGGUUUCCAGUAUGACCAGCUGCCAACUGAGUGAGGAUGGAGAUGUGUGUUACUGCUGCUCCCUCUCCCCCUCCUCCACCUGUCCCGAGGAGAAGCUGCUGGAGCUCCACCCAGCCCACUCCUGCGGCACCAUGAGGAUCCUGCUGAAGAAAGUGUUGUUUGCUCUCUGCGCUCUGAACGCUCUGACCACAGCUGUGUGUCUGAUGGCAGCUGCUCUGAGGUACCUGCAGAUCUUCUCCACCAGAGCUCCCUGCAUGGACGAGCCCAGGGCCACGGUGGAGGAAAGGGAGGAGCCUCCUCAGGUCCCAGAUCCAGAUGAGUUUGUGGCUCCAGCCCCUCCCCCCUCCUACUUCUCCACUUUCUACUCAUGUACACCACGUCUGACAUGCCGGACACUCGGCGACAGCGUGAUCCCUCUCCCUCAUAUCUACGGGGCCCGGAUCAAAGGGGUGGAGGUCUUCUGUCCAUUGGAUCCUCCUCCUCCUUAUGAGGCUGUUGCUGGAAGCUCCACUAACACAGACACACAGGAAACAGAGAUUCAUCUGACUGAGCUGACUGUGAACACCACCACCACUCCACCUCCUCCAACCUGCGAUGCAGACCUGAGUCCCCAAACCGUGUCAGUGUCACCAGGCGUGGUUGACCAGGCCAAGUCCCAGCUCCAGCCUCUUCCUCCUCCUCUUCCUCUUCAGCAGCUACAUGCUCCAGGACCCACCCCCUGGAGAAGAGCAGGGAUCCGUCACUCCAGCAGUGAUCCAGUGUUGAUGGACCUCGCUACUAAAGGGUGGAGCAGCAGCGAAACUCCCCUCGCUCCAUCUCCCCAGACGACAGACUCCUCCACCCAGACCUCCCAGCCCACACUGGCUGCCCACGCCCAGGGCCAGGUCACGCUGCGACGGGGCAACAACGACAGCAGGACCCCCCGCCGGCCCCGUCCGUCCUCCAUGGUGGACUACCAGAGCUACCGACACACGCAGCACCUGGUCAGGAGGAUUCUUGAGCAGCCGGCCGCCCAGGGACUGGCCCCCGAGGUCCAGGAGCUGGUGGACAGCAUUCGAAACGUCCUGCAGUCAGAUGAGGAGCACAUGGAGGAGGCUGUGCGCUGUGCCAGUUACAUAGAACAGGUGUUCACUGACUCAGAGAUGGGUCCCAGUCAACCUAAACUACCCCAGCAGCAGCAGCAGCAGCAGCAGCAGCAGCAGCAGCAGCAGCAGCAGCAGCAGCCAGCUGCCAGUUCCUCCCAGACUUUCCCCCGCCCCCCCAGGAGGAGGUGCGGUGUGCUGCACCUGCGGAGCUGUGGGGACCUCAGCUCAUUCACCUGUGCAGAGUCUCCGGAGCGUCAAGGAAAUAAUAGAGAAGUGGUGUCGGGGGCGGGCUCUAGGGUGGGUUCAAGAGCGGGGUCGAGGACGGGGUCCCGCCUGGAUCGUCCUGAUCGCCCUCACAGUCUGAUCGGAGUCUUCAGAGAGACAGUGCUCUGAGGGAGAACCAGCUGGAUGCUGCCUCACCUGUCACUAUAUAAACUGAUCUAACCCAUGGACUGCAAAUCCCACCACUGAGGAGGUGUGUGUGCGAGUGUGUGUGUGUGUGUGUGUGUGUGUGUGCGUGUGUGUGCGUGCGUGUGAGUGCUGUUUUUGAAAAAAAAAAAUGUGUCUUUGUUUAUUAGUGAAAUAGAAAACUUUUCCUGAGACACUGAACGCAUCGUCCACCUGCUGCAGGUAUCUCUCUGUUAUUUAAUGCUUAGACAAAUUGACUUAACAAUUAAAGUGAGUUAAACUUUAUUUUAUGAGUCCAUCAUUUCUUAAAUAUUUCCAACAAGUUUCUUAGAAAGAAAUGAGAUCAUCCAGAUGUUCAUGAUUUAUUGAUCAUUGGAAACUUCAUGUUUCACUCACUUGCUGAACACUGAUCCUUUGUCAGUUAAAUUAGAAUGAAAAUAUGCCAUUUGAACACAGUCUAAAUUCUUUGCAGGAAACUGAUUGGAAAUGAUGUGAAAACUACAAACCAUUCAAUAAAAGUGUUCCCACUGAGGAAGGAGGUUUGUCCGUUGUCAAUGAAGCUUGGUCGGUAACUGAACAAAAAGAAAUGAACACCGUUAAAACAGUGAGUAAACUGUGCCUCUGUUGUGAAGCAGCAGGUGUUAUAGCAGAGGUAUUAUAAAGAGGAGGAUGUGGUGUCACCACUGUCAGCUGUGUUGAGGUGAAAGCUCCACACAGAUCUAUUUAACCUCAGUGAGUGAACAGCAGAGCCUCAAGAACAAUGAACUGAUGUUGUGUUAAAGAGUCGGACUAACGUCACAUCCACAUCGUGUACAGUGAUGACAGAGACUUGUGUUUAUAAUGACCUCUCAUGUCUGUGGGACUCAGACGGUCAUUUGCUGCAUGUUCAAUAAAAUUGGUUUAAUUAUCUUUUAUCUUUUUCUCUAACACAGUUUGAUCUGAUCUUAGUGCUCAGCAGUAUGUGCCUGUCUGUACGUCUGCGUGCGUCUAUGUGAUGAUGGUUGUAGCUGUGUUUAUGUCUGUGACUGUUAGUGAUGUCUACAGCCAUCACCACAGUCAAUUACCAUUAACAUCACAAUGGUUAUAAUAUCUGUAUCCACUAUAGCAGUAAUGAAGUAGCCUAGAUUUACUUAUUUUUUGAGUAUGUCAGUUUGCACUGUGAGUGUGCGCACACAGCUCAGUGAAACUGCCGACACCAGUCCUUGCUGAAGUCUUUUAUUGUUGUAAAUACUGUUACAAACAUUCUGUGCUACAGGAAGAAGCUCUGUUAGCUUAGCAUCACAGAAAAGCAAAUAAAUACAACAUCGCUGCUGCUGCUCUACAGAAAUGUUUCUAUGUUGAGACACUGAGUUACAUUUCACUUACAUUCAGAAUGAGUGCACUUGUAAAUACUUAUCGGCCGUGCCGCUGCCUCCAGCCUCAAGUGCUCGUUUCCAUGGUUACCUACACCUGAAGUAACAUCACACAUCUUCAGGUAUCUUGUGCUCUAGCUGUGUCCACUCACCCGAAAUCUCCCAUGUUGCAUUGCUCUCUACUGACUGAAGUACCCAACACACAACCAUUAGAAGUAUAUACCUUUACAUAGUUUUCUAUAUAGUUCAUCUAUAUGUGUAUUUUAUAUAUCCAGCUGGUUUUUGAUUCAACAUGGAGUACAUUGCUUGUAAUCUCUCUCACACACACACACACACACACACACACACACACACACGUGCACACACACACAAGCACACCAGAGGAAAGAACAGGACAGCAUGACGUGUCAAAGUCCAGUCUGCUGCUGCUGCCUCUGAGUCCAGUAGUGGUAAUAAGGCCAAGAUGAGCAUCAUGAUGACGACAGACAUUUGGAGUCAGCUGUGGGUUGUGAGCAGAGGUGGGGGGGUGGAGGGCUUUCAACCUGUCGCUAUUUUACCUUAAACACAGAGCGACCUGAAGAGAGAAGUUCACAACAGCCCAAAGGAAAAGUGGAGGUGGUCACAGCUUAUGUGAUGAAGGCAGGUACAUUCCCAGAGAAACGGGGGGGGGGGGGGGGGGGGGGUCAUGAGGGGUGAUGGGGUAAAUGCUUUAGGCUCCACAGAUUCACAAAAGUCAAAAGUCCAGAAUCAAAGUCAGUCCAAAGUCCAAACCGACCGACUGUGUCUGUGUUAACUGUGAAAUAAUCUGUCGCCAUAGUGACGCCAAGUCAAGCUGCAGAUGACGGUUCAGAAGACAUUGAAACAUCUAUUGAUGUGCUACAUUUAAGUCCAGCGGCAGUUCACAGCAGAGGAGAGUCAGUCUGUUUAAAAUGAAUCACUAAAGCCUCAAAGAUAUUUUCAUUAGAGCAAUGUGAUUUUUCAGCUCAACCAAUCAGGAGGAGCACAGAGACGUUUUCUUUAACAUGUGAUCCACUGAUUUCAAUGUUGAGAGAGAAACAAUUUGAAUCUCAUUUAAAAUUGACACAUCAUCUUCAAUUCAGUGUUCUGGACUGUGGUUAGAACUGAUAUAAUCCUAAGUCACAUGACCACUGCUUUCUUAGCCAAUGACAAUCAAGCUUUUAAUCAAGUGGCAUGCAAGGCAACAGACAUCAUGGGUCAGCAGGUAGACCUGGACCACAGGCUGAAACUCCUAAACUGAUGGAGAGAACUGGAUCUGGUUAAACUAGUUGAAAAGCUGCUUUAAACAUUCACUUUAACAGCUUCACCAUGUUUUAGCCAUGAAGACGGGAAAACCUCCUCACUGCUUCUGUUAGUUUGACUCAUGUGAUCUCAGCACACAGAGAACCUGUAGAUCAUCAAGAACAUCCACUGUACUCUUCAGAAGUCAGUGUUCUACAGGAGAACCUUCACUUCUCCAGCCUCUGAUGUUCCUGACAGUCUAAGAACCAGCCUGCAGAGACCUGAGACCUGAUGAUGACCUGGUGUUGAAGAGUCCAGCCCAGUGUCACGUCUUUGGAAGCUGAAGAUGUAAAAUACGUUUCAUUUCCUGCAGGUAGCAGGUCUAUAACAAGCAGGGUGUGUAGUGAAGCUACAGUAACAGAGAAGGGUCAAACUUAAAUACAGAUUCAGCACCAUUCAACUGUCAAAACAAGCUACUGUACAAAUGAACCUGAAACAUCAAAAUAAGAAAAGUCUGAUCAAAAGUGUAAACAUGACGAAACAGUUUGUACUACGGGGAGAACAGCACAGCCAACAUGUACUGAAGCUCUGUCCUCUACUGACUGAGUCUGCUUCAGUGUGACCACACCACGGAUCAUACAGUGCGGCAGGCUGGCAAGCCAAUUGCGCAUUUUUUGACUAAAGCAUUAACAUUUCAGCAUAUAAUCUACAUACCCCAUGGAGACAAUUUAUAUCUGACCUCUGGUGACCUUGAGAGUUCAUUGACCUCAGCAUUGUAUUUUUCAAGUCUAUCAUAUUUGGGUAUAACAGGAGAGAGGAGCUCAGAGAAUUCAUCAAUAAAACCAUUAAGCGUAGGAGGUCUGUAUAAAAGUACACAAGGCAGAGGAAGAAGACCAGUAAUUGAAAAACUUAAAACUUCAAAGAAAAUAAAAGAACCAAAAGACAUUAUGUGGCGAGUUAUACAUUAGCAACUACUGUGAUCAGAAGCUAGCAUGCUAGUUUUCUCUGGACCACACUCAUUACACCAGGUGGCUCUCAGUACAUGUUCAUGACAUGAUGGUCCUCUCUUGGAAACACCCCACAGUCCUGAAAGAAUUCAGCUCUGGUCUCAGUUUGCACAAAACAAGCAGCACGUUCUCGGCCAUGACAGUUGGCAGAUUGAUGUAUACUGCCUUAUGUUUGUGAAAAAAGUGAAUUUUUUUAAUUUAUUUGACAGCCUGAAGUUGGGGUCACCCUCUGCCCUGUCCCAGAGGUCAAAUCUAAAAUGCCUCCGCGUCUGAAAAUAAACUUCAUGGUUUAUAGAAACACUGGAGAAAGUUUCAUGCUUAAGUGAAUGUAAAAUGAACAAUACCAUCCAUAUACAAGCUCAUCUGCUGCACUAAUACACUUCAGCAGGAACAGAGAAGAUACAGCUGUAUGUGUUGUUGAAAAACUACAGUGAGCUGUUGUAUGCCAAUGACCUCCUUCACAUCAGUGUAAUAAUCCUGAUGGUGUUAUUAAUCUCUCUCCUCUCACUGAUGAUUACAGUGAAUUAUCAUUUAUUACAUUUAAAACAAUAUUAAAAUGUCUUAAUAAACUUUAUGGUGAAAGUCUCCUGCAGCAACAUUUAUUUUAUUACUAUGAAAUGAAUUUUGUUUCUCACGACUUUAAUGGUUUGAUCCUGAAUCAGCUGAUCUUAAAUGUUGUUUAAUUUAAAUUUCUCAGAUAAUCUGUUUCACUUACUGUUUGCUCCUAACUCAAGUACUCAGAAAAAAGCUGACCUCUUCCUGUUGUGUUGAUGAAUUAAGUGUCAUGUCUAAUUCAUCAGUACAACAGCAGCCAUGUCACAGUCUCCAGUUCCUCUCUGCUGUUGUUUCUGUCAUUGACUCAAUUUUCACAUUAAGAGCCCCCCAGUGGCUCAGAGGGAAUAAUCCUCUCUUCUAUAGACUUUUAUUGUGAAACAGGAAAGUCACUGACAGUAUCUGGUAAAAACAACAGAAAAAGAACCCAGAGACGUAUCUGUGUUGAGAGAGGUGAUAUCUCCAGUCACCUGCCUCCAAGUCCACAGUCACCUGGUAGACUGAAGUAUUUAUCAGUCUGGCCGAUUUAGACAACAAUGUGUUAACAGGGUCUGUCUCAAUGUGUGGGCACACCGGUUGGACGAGGGUCUGUGGUGUGGAGGGGGAUCAGUUUGAUGAAUGUUAUUGCAUGUUGACUGGGGCUGCAGAGAGAACAAAUGACAAACACA